GUAUCAGAUAGAGGUAAUCAUCGUCGGAAAAUUCAUUCAUUGAGUUCACACAAUAUCAAGACAGUUUUCUUCCUGAGAUAAUGCGUGAUUCAGAUGAACCAACUCGAGUUUAUUCGAAAUUAUCGGAUACGUCAAAAUUUUCAGACUCUUUAAAAAACAAGGCGAUAAAUUAUAUUCCUAGUCUGUCCACUUCCGACACGAAAUGUAAGACAACCGCGAGAAAAUCACAACGACAAGCCACAUGGCUUGACAGAACUUGUCAAAAUGUUGCCAACACUUGUCAUAGAGGAAGGAUACGUCACGAAGUUAAUUUUCCGGAAACGUUCAACGGACUUUACUCUGCGAAAUUUUCACUCAGAGGCGAUAUCGUUGCUACUGGUUUCGGUGAUGGCGGGAUAGAGAUGAGGAAUGGUGAGACAGGACAACUGCUUUCUACCCUUCGGCUUGCUCCAGAGGAAUCACUUCCAAUAAUGUGCUGUCAAUUUCAUGCGAUUGAGGGAAUGAUUCUCUACGCCUCGAGUGCUUGUGGCAAAAUAUUCAUAUGUAAUUUAGACACCGAGGAAUGCUUCAAAUUCAUUGAAGAACCCGAAAACGAAAUUAACACAAUCAGCGCAAGCACAGAUGGAGAGUAUCUCGUCUCCGGUGGAAAAGACGCUGCACUGAGGGUUUAUGAUGCUUCAACAGGGAAAGUCAUUCACACCUAUCAGAAAGAUACGACGGGUAUGAUAGCGGACGCAUUGGAGAAGUUCCACAGAAUGAGAAUAUUUGCAGCGAAAUUCCAUAAAACAAUUCCAGAAUUAAUUGUUAGUGGUGGGUGGGAUGAUACAGUACAGAUAUGGGAUAUACGAACAGGUGGAGGAUCGAUACGCUCAAUAAAAGGUCCCCACAUAUGCGGUGAUGCCCUAGACGUUCACGAAACCAAAAUUAUAACUGGUUCAUGGACGGUGGAGGGAAGUCUCCAGCUGUGGGACUUGAUCAGUGGACGAUUGAUGGAUACAAUAAUCCCACGAAAUCGACCAACAACACUUGAUGGUGAAUUUUUGUAUGUGGCACAGUAUUUCAAUGGAGAAGCUCGAGGUGAUCUUGUUGUUACGGGAGGCGUUGGUACUGGUGCUGUUGAAGUCAUUGACUUGACUGAGAAAAGGGUGAUCGGAAGCUUUCCAGUAACCAAAGCAGUUCUGACGAUAGACACCCACAUGAUGUCUCUAGUCUUCGGGGGAUUAGACUCGACCCUCCGCAUCGCCGAGUUCCCCUAGGCCAUUUCACCUGUCAUCUUACCGCCUGUAUCCCCUAAAUAAAAUGAAAAAUCAUCCGAA